AUGGCAAACGACAGCACGGAAAAGAAGCAGCCAAAGUCAUUCGAAGCGCUAACACCGGAGCUCUCACAAUGGAUCCUCGACUUCACUCAUGGCAUGGGUUUUGCCCGCACCACACCAGUGCAAGCGAUGGCUAUACCACUUCUGACGGGCAACAAGGACUUGGUGGUCGAAGCCGUUACCGGUAGCGGUAAGACUCUGAGCUUUUUGAUACCGCUCGUGGAGAGAAUAUUGAAGUCGGAGGAGCCGAACAAGAAAGGGCAUGUACGAUCGAUAGUGGUGGCGCCGACCAAGGAGCUGGCAACUCAGAUCUACGACGUGCUUCGAGGCCUUUUGGAUUUCCAUCCUCCGUCUUCAGCCGUGCUUACCGAGUCGAGUCAGGAGCCUGUGGAUAGCGAUGACGAGGAAAUGGAAGAUGUCGAGAAACCUGUGAUACCUCCAGGACCUUAUGCUAUACCACAGCUUCUGGUUGGCGGUCGCACCAAGCUGGGUGAGGAUAUCGCUACUUUCUCGAGCCUGAAUCCGAACAUAUUGAUUGGAACGCCGAGGCGUCUGGUGGAGGUCCUGCAAUCGUCAAAAGUGCAGCUGAAGAGGCAUUGGUUUGACCUCCUCGUCUUGGAUGAGGCCGAUCGUCUUCUGGAUCCCAAUUUCCAGCCAGAUCUUCAGAGGAUCCUUGACCUUGUUCCCAAGGAGCGUCGCACUGGCUUGUUCAGUGCUUCAGUCUCCGAGGCUGUCGAUGAGCUGGUCCGCGUUGGCAUGCGAUAUCCGUUCAAGAUCAGUGCGAAGGUGCGCAGCAAAAGUGGAGCACUGGACAAACGUACUCCAGAGUCUCUCAAGCUCUAUCAUAUCGCCACUAAGCCGAGUCUUAAGAUACCGUAUCUGAAGAGCAUACUUGAGACCAACCAAGCCGAGAAAAGCAUAGUAUACGUUUCCACAAGAGCUGGAGUUGACUACUGGAGUCAAAUGCUACCAGCAUUACUUGGUAUAUUGGUUUUCCCAAUACACGGUGACCACAAAUCUGCAAUCCGAAUCAAGAACCUCCAGCGCUUUCGUGAUUCGUCGAAGCCAGCAAUUCUACUUACGACCGAUGUACUGGCACGAGGUAUCGACAUUCCUGAUAUUGAUGUGGUGGUACAACUCGACCCACCGAAACAACCCAAGGACUUCAUCCACAGAUGUGGGCGCUCAGGUCGCGCGGGAAAACGAGGCAUGGCCAUCACUUUCCUCAACGAGGGGAACGAGGAGGACUAUGUCAAGUAUCUCGCGAUGCAAGGCACUCCCCUCGAACCUUAUCCAUCGCUAGCUCAGCUUUCGGAACAGGACGUAAAUGAUAGCAUCGAGGAGAUGAGGAAAGUACUCGUGCAAAAGCGAGAGUUGCACGACCGAUCGCAAAAGGCUUUCGUCAGCUGGGUACAAGCCUACAGCAAGACCCUGCCUUCCGACAUCUUCAGCAUCAGGAAAAUAGACUGGCCAGAAGUCGGCAAGUCCUGGGGUCUACUGAGGUGGCCAAAGAUGCCCGAGCUCAAGCGUCAUUGUCCAGAAGCAAGAGAAGAUCGCAGCUUUGGCCUGGAUCUGCCGCAGGACUUUGAUCUCAACAAUGUUGCAUACGCUGACAAAGUGAGGGAGGCCCGGCGGAAAGAAAUUAUGGAAGCUUUCUCUCGCGGUGAAAAGCCUGAUCUGCCGAAGAAGAGCGGAGGCGCGCUAGCAGAUAUGAGAAGGAGAAAAGAAAGUGCUUGGAGCAACCAGAAAGAUGCAAAAGCGGUCAAGGAGUCGAGGAGGGAGAAGAAGGAAGUCAGGCGCAAAGCUGAGAGUAAAGCGAAGAUGUCUGAUGCGGAUGAGGUCAAGGCACUAGAGCUGGACCAGCUCAUUGCGAAGGUCAGGGCGAAGAACCAGCAAGGUGAGGAGAUUUUCGAAGGGUUUGAUGAGUAG